AUGUUAGCUAGUUCGCCAAAAGGAAAAUGCCAUGAUAGACCAUCAACACAGGAUGCGCGAGCACACGUCAACUGGGAGACAGCCACCUCUGGACCAGACGGUGCGGCUCUGGCAGAGCGCAUCCGCUCCUUCAUCCACGACAAGUUCCAGCAGGUGGCCCUCCCCCGUUUCAUCCGCUCCGUCCAAGUCCACUCAUUCGAUUUCGGAACCAUCGCCCCUGAGCUUGAGAUCAAGGACUUCUGCGAGCCGUUCGCGGACUUUUACGAAGAGGACGAAGAUGAAUCCGGUUCCUCUGAGUCUUCAGAAGCUGUUCAUGAGGAGCAGGAGCAGGAACAGCGUGAUCACUGGCCGGGACCUGUCCAUCAUAGCCAUUUUGAUUCUAGACUGGACGACGACCCUUCCCAAUUCCGAAAUGAAAUGGCCAUGAGCCAUCUGCCCCAGCUGCGGGAUAAUCACAGCGAACUUCAAUCCCCUUCCGCCGCAGCUCUGCGGUCCCCGAUGAGUCCUCAUUUCCUGCCUCGCACAGGCACUCCCUGCAUUCUUGGCGGGACGUCGAAUCUAGGCCACCACCUCAUGGGUCUGGGAGGACUAUCGGGAACACAGACUCCUCUAGCUGCUGUAGCAGGUGGCACACCUUUUGCAAGUGGCUGGUCCGACUCUGGCCUGGGAUCUGGUAUCGCGGCACGACCGGAGAGGGUACUUGAUCCCUCCAGUACAAUACAGCAGCAGCAACUUCAGGAAUCAGAUGUAGAUAUGAGCCCCCCUUCUCGUCCUUCUUCAGCGAAAACACCCCCGUCACCACCGUCUAUCGGACACAAUCCCGGCAGCAGCCCCAACGGAAGCAGCGGCCAGAAAGACAAGAAAGAAGGAGAACAACAACAACGACAACACGCACAGGCGCAUCUAGACGCAUCCCCCACGGCAGUGCCGCCUCUUCACCCCCCGCCUCGCAUGCGGGAACGCAGACCUGAAGAUUUCCAAGUCAUCUGCCACGUCAAGUACGCGGGGGACGUCCGCUUAUGUCUAACCGCUGAAAUCCUCCUGGAUUACCCGAUGCCCAGCUUUGUGGGACUCCCUCUGAAGCUGAAUGUGACCGGCCUUACGUUUGACGGCGUAGCUAUCCUCGCGUACAUACGCAGACGAGUCCACUUUUGCUUUCUCUCCGCCGAAGAUGCAUAUGCUAUGGUCGGCUCGGAUGAGCAAGAGCAUGGGAAUGAUGAGAAAGAGGCACAGGCACAGGCACGUACCCGCACCACCGGAGGUGGCGAUCAGUACGGUGGAUUGCUGCGGGAGAUUCGGGUCGAUAGCGAGAUUGGUCGGAAGGAAGAUGGGAAGCAGGUCUUGAAGAAUGUUGGGAAGGUCGAGCGCUUCGUGCUUGCUCAGGUGCGGCGCAUUUUUGAGGAGGAAUUGGUUUUCCCUAGCUUUUGGACGUUUCUUAUUUGA